AUGGCUGAUUCAGCUAUUCAGGUCGAAACUGGAAAUGACGUGUUACACCUUCGGGUGUACCAAUAUGGCCACAGGGUCCAGCAGGUAAAACUGGAAAUGACAUUGUUCCGGCAGAAACCGGAUAUGGUAUGGUACACCUUAGGGUGUACCAAGAUGGUGACUCCAUCUGGCCGACAGAACCGGAAGUAA